GUAAUUUCCCAUGGAAUAAUAGAAGGAAGACAGGGUUAUCAGGGAAAGGCCUUGGCUUACAUGUUCUAUUCACGUAAGUCUGGUGUGAUGCAAAUCUAAGUGUGGAAAGAAAAAAUAAGUGUUAUGCAGAUUCAUUUACUUCUAGUGAGACAGAAGAGCCAUGAUUGGACUUAUCCUUACAGCAAGUUUUUUGUGUCACCUCUCCUGCAGUUCUGUUCUCGAUGAGGUCAAAGGAAGAACAGUGUCAGGUGAAAAAUGCAUGUGUUCUCUGACCUUACCUAACUACAGUUUUCCAGCAGAGCGUCUAGAAUCCUUGGAAAUAAAAAUGCAAAACCUGUCUGCCACAGCGCAAGAAGAAGUAAACAAGAGAGACACACAUGAAAGUAUCUUAAUAGAAUACCAAAAGAAGAUACAUGCAAUGGCAGAAAGACUGGAACUGGUGGAGUCAGGGGGCGCAUCCUUACUCGACUUAGAUUUUAAUGCACUGAAACUGGAUAUCAGUAUGAUGGAAAAGUUGGUGACUGAGCUUCGUAAUGACGUAUCAGGUAGCAGCUCUAUUAUUGAUCAGCUGCAGAGUGAGAUGAUGAAUAUUUCAAACACUGUGAAGGAGAUGGAAUCGUAUGACAAACUAAAUGUCCUUAAAGUCCAGCGUGCUGUUACACUGCUAAAAGAACAGUUAAAACAAUGCAAAAAGAAGCAAGAAAUGUCUUGGAUAACUUCACCAGAGUAUUGGAGCUGCAAACAUGGAGGCCUGCAGAGCAUUAGUCAGCCCUUUGUGGUGAAGCUGAAUUGGAUGGGACAAAACCACAAGCAUGGUGGAUGGGGCAAAGAUCCUUUUCCUUCCAGCAUGAAGCAGGAUGUCUAUUGGGUUGCACCACUUAUUACUGAUGGUCGGCGGAUGGACCUUUAUAGAGAGUAUUCUUCUUAUGACAAUUUAUUACUGUACAAGUAUCCAGUCACUUAUCAACUAGCCAAAAAUGAAAAUAAUGUCUGGAACUACUCCUACUCAGGACAGGGCAGUGGUAUGGUGGUAUACAAGGGCUUCAUGUACUACCACUGCUUCAACAGUAGGGAUAUGUGCAGAAUCAAUAUCAAUACCCAUAAGGUAGAAAGGCAGGUGCUCAACCAGGCAGCUUACAAUGAUCGUUUCUCUUAUUCUGGAGCACGGUUUCAGGACAUGGACUUUACAGUAGAUGAGCAUGGAGUUUGGGUUCUUUAUGUUAAUGAGGCAGGUACAGGUAACAUUAUUAUUGGUAAGAUAAAUGAGGAGUUAUUCACUGUGGAGGAAACAUGGGUCACCACAGUAUACAAACCAUCUGCCUCCAAUGCGUUUAUGAUAUGUGGUGUGCUGUAUGUCACAAAGUCAGUCAGUCAGCAAAAAGACAAUGUGUUUUAUACCUUUGAUACCAAAACAAACAAAGAGGGCAGUGUUAAUAUAAUACUAGAUAAGGUGGAGGACACAGUCCAAAAUCUGAAUUAUAAUCCAUCAGAUCACAAGCUGUAUAUGUACAGUAAUGGAUUUAUGGUAACAUAUGACAUCAAUUUUGAACCAUUGGACAAUGUAUUAUAGGCAGUAAUGAGACACAAUAUCAGAAGGGAAGGCUUUCACAAUUCUGAAUUUUCUCAUUAUAGCUUCUGUUUUACUUCAGCCAGUUGGAUCCUAAUAUCCUGCUUCAAUGUUUUUGUCAAUAUUAUUAAGCUAGAGAGAGAGAGAGAGAGAGAGAGAGAAGAAGUUCUAGCAUCUGGAAAUACUGAAUCAGGAACAAAUAUAUGUGAUAUCAAAAUCAUUUUACAAAGUUUAUUUGAAAAUGUUACCUGAGGUAAUUGGUGAAGUCAUAGAAGAAUCCAUCUUUUGACAUAUUAAACUAUAAAAAACAGUAUACAUUAAUCCAAAUGCUAAGCUAAGCAUAAUAAAUAAAUAAAAAGUGAAGGAGAUAAAUCUUGUAUCUGCAGUUUACUUCUUGGUAAGUGUCUUAACUGUAACUACUAGUUACAGAACACAGUAUCUCUGACCUUCCACUAUAGCAUAAAUACUUGUUUACGGGGGCUCAGUAAGGCAAAAAGAGCAGGGAUUGGCAUUUUCUCAUAGAUUCUGCAAGAAUGCACUACGAUGUUGCAAUCCACCAAUGAGAUGGCUUUCCAAAAUAUCCAUACUAGAUGUCAAAAAUGAUAAAGGUUCUAUGAAUGGACAACAGAGUAUUUAAUGGUAUCAGUUUUGUGAUAUACAUUUUGAAAGAGUUAUUAUAACAAUAAUGUCAGUUAGCCAAUAACAUGAAGUUGCUUACUAUAGGAACCCUGUUUCUAGUUAGAUACAUACUAUAAGCAUACACAGACUGUUAGAGCCUUGGCCACCAGAACAGAAAGAUUGUGAUGUGUUCUACUGGUCAUGGCUUCAAGCACUGAUGGACAACAGAAAGUGCUAUGUGAAGGAAGCUAUGUAAUUGUGACUGCAUUAUAAUUUCUGUCAGGUGUACACACGUGUAGCUUUAACUGCAUAUGUACAUUUUACAUUUUCAAUACCCUGUUCAGUUUCUCUGCCCACAGAGUAAAUGCACCCUGGUUCACAACUAUGUAUCUUAACUAUAUUGCUUUUAAGAGCUGUGUCGCAGUUUUGGUUGGCUUAUGUACUGAAUUUAUGGUUCUUGCAAUAAAGCUGUAAAUUAGAUGUUGUAUGGGGAAAUUUAAAUGUCUUGACUGAUAUUACUGCUAACAAAUGUUAAAUAUAGCUUUACUGACUCCCAGAAAAGACAGAUUUUUUUUUACGUGAGUACAGCUAAAUAACAACAUUAUCAGUAGAUAUUCAUAACUGCUCAAAACAAGCACUUAAGAUGGCUGUAUGUUAGACAUGAAGUACUUGGGUAACCCACAGAUUGCAUUCUGAACUUUCUUAAUUGUUUACUUUUUCACGAGUUCUAAGUUUAACUUAAAAUUAAUGUCUAAAGAAAUUAGUGAAAUUCUUACCUUUGUAUAAGUUUUAAACUUAUAAAAAAUAAUUUUUAGAUAAUGAUAUUAUAAUGUUUUGGCCAUUUUACCACUGGCUACAAUGUAUACACUCAUUCUAAUGCUAAGAUGCUUGUUAUUUUACCACUGGCUACAAUGUAUACACUCAUUCUAAUGCUAAGAUGCUUGUUAUUUUACCACUGGCUACAAUGUAUACACUCAUUCUAAUGCUAAGAUGCUUGUUACUAUCUUAGAAACCUUCUGAUUUAUAUGCUUAUGGAAAGGUGCCUAUGCCAUAAAUAAAUAAAUAGAUGUUUAAAAAUGUGAUUGCAGUAUUCAUCUAUUUGAUUAUGUUAUCAGCUCAUAAAGACAAUGUAACUGAGUUUGAAAUAAAAUAAAAUCUCAGAAUCUAGCAAGCA